AGUGGUUUUCGUCCUUUUGGAGAGGCAGCCUUCCUGCUUGAACGUGUGGCCCGCAGUAGACUCGCUGUUGCAGUCAAGCCGACGACGACGCCCUUGUUUUCAGACAGUGCACCUCCUCUAGAGUUCUGCGGAAUUUGUUGGGCGGCGGUUUGGCCGGGGCGCGAUGGCUGGCAUCUCGACGAUCACGUCGGCAUCCGCUUGCACCGCCGUCGGUAUCAUCAUCAACUUCUUCUUGUCCUCCGUGUGCUGCUGCUACUACCUCGCCGCAGCUCCAGUGGCCGCCUUGUCCUUCAACUACGACAGCUUCGGCCCUGAAGACCUCAAGGACAUCAGGGUGGAAGGCGACGCCUACAUCAGCAGCGGGUGGAUCGAGGUGACGGCGAACAGGCUGUCCGGCAUCGGCCACAGCACGGGCCGCGCGUCGUACAACGCCCAGCCGAUGCGCCUCUGGGACAAGGACACCGGCGAGGUGGCCAGCUUCACCACGCGCUUCGCCUUCGUCAUCGACCCGCCGGGGGAGCACGGCAUCGACAACAAGGGCACCGGCAUGGCCUUCUUCCUCGCCGCCGCCUACCCGUCGAGCCUGCCGUCCGGCUCCUACGCCUACAACAUCGGGCUCACCAACCAGAGCGCCGACGCCGUGGCCGCCGGCGACGCCCGGUUCGUGGCCGUGGAGUUCGACACCUUCAACGACACCGUCGCGCACGACCCCAACGACACCUACGACCACGUCGGCAUCGACGUCAACUCUAUCAGGUCCGUGGCCACCCAGACCCUGCCCAGCUUCACCCUCAUCGGGAACAUGUCCGCCGAGAUCAGGUACCACAACGUGUCCAGCGUCCUGGAAAUGACGCUGUGGCUGGGCGAUGGAAGGGACACGCCGCCGUCUUACAACAUCAGCCAGAAGGUUGACCUCAAGAGCGCGUUGCCGGAGGACGUCUCUGUUGGCUUCUCUGCCUCGACGUCCACAUCCAUCGAGCUGCACCAGCUGCAUUCUUGGUACUUCAGCUCGUCCUUGGAACCCAAGGCCGCCGCGCCAAUACUACUAGCUCCGCCGCCACCGGCAGCGCAGCAGCGGCCGCCGCCGCCGCCACCAGCACCCAUGGAUGUGUCCGGCUCUGGACGACGUGCUGGAGUGAUAGCAGGAGCCAGCGUCGGCGCUGCACUGCUGCUUGUGCUUCUCGUUGCUGUUGCUUUGGCGGCUCUACUACUCCAACGACGACGACGACGGAGGGAGCAGGCACAAGAGUUGGAGGAUAUAUUCGGCGGCUCGGAUGACGACGAGCCGAUCAUGGAGAUUGAAUUGGGGACGGGGCCGAGGCGCUUCCCGUACCACGAGCUCGCUGCUGCGACCAAGGGUUUCGCGCCGGAGGAGAAGCUCGGGCAAGGUGGCUUCGGCUCCGUGUACCGAGGACACCUGGGUGAUCAGAACGGCAGCGGCAUCGCUGCCGUGGCCAUCAAGAGAUUCGCCAAAGGAUCCUCCACGCAGGGGAGGAAGGAGUACAAGUCGGAGAUCAAGGUGAUAAGCAGGCUCCGCCACCGGAACCUCGUGCAGCUCGUCGGCUGGUGCCAUGGCCGGGACGAGCUGCUGCUCGUCUACGAGCUGGUGCCCAACCGCAGCCUCGACGUCCAUCUCCACGGCAACGGCACCUUCUUGACAUGGCCGAUGAGGAUCAAGAUUGUUCUUGGGCUUGGCUCCGCGCUGCUCUACCUCCACGAGGAGUGGGAGCAGUGCGUCGUGCACCGCGACGUGAAGCCCAGCAACGUCAUGCUCGACGAGACCUUCAACGCCAAGCUGGGCGACUUCGGGCUCGCCAGGUUCAUCGACCACGCCGUCGGGAUGCAGACCAUGACGGCCGUCUCGGGCACGCCAGGCUACGUCGAUCCGGAAUGCUUCAUCACCGGCGCCGCGAGCGCCGAGUCGGACGUCUUCAGCUUCGGCGUCGUCGUGCUGGAGGUCGCCUGCGGGAGGAGGCCGAUGAGCUUGAUGCUGGACGGCCAGAAGCAGAACGCCGUCUUCCGGCUCGUCGAGUGGGUAUGGGACCUGUACGGCAGAGGAGCCGCUCUCGCGGCGGCCGACGAGCGGCUGAAAGGGGAGUACGACGCGGCGGAGGUGGAGCGCGUCGUGGCCGUCGGGCUCUGGUGCGCGCACCCUGACCCACGCGCACGGCCGUCCAUCAGAGUAGCCAUGGCCGCUCUCCAGUCCAAUCACGGCCCGCUGCCGGCGCUGCCUGCCAAGAUGCCCGUGGCGACAUACGCGGUGCCACUUGCGUCGCCGGAGAGCGGGGGGCUUUUCUCGUACAACGCUUCCUCGUCAGGGUUGACGUCUUCCAGUUUAACUCAGUCGUCGUCAACGACGGUGACCUCUCAGACAUCCUGCUCCUCCGACACGCCCGCUGCAACCGGUUUCAAGGACUCGUCCUCGCUGCUCAAACAUCAGUGAUGAUACCUUACCAGUUGCUCCGCUCAAUUGACCCUACAGUGACAGAGCUGGAACCGGCCGGAGCCCUUUCCAAAUGCGCUGUUUGUUUCUACUCUCUACUCCAUUUGUAUGCUUUGUCCUAGACCAACCUUUGAUCACCAAUUCUAAGAAGGCCUUGUUUAGUUCCAAAAAAUUUUGCAAAAUAGGUCCUGUAGCACUUUCGUUUGUUUGUGACAAAUAUUAU